GGUUAUGAAUUGGCUCGCCUACCUUUGUCACUGUUUAAUCUUCGGUAUCUGGUUUUAUUUCAGAUGACCUGAGAAUUAUGGCCACAUCAGUUACAUCAGCUGAAAGCAAGGGAUCCUUAAGUAGUGAUCUGUUCUACGACAUACUUAGGCGUCUUGAUGGUGCAACUUUGGCUAGUGCCGCCUGUGCCUGUGAAGCAUUCUGCUCGAUUUCCAAGGAAGAGAAGCUUUGGGAAAAUGUAUGUUCUUCCAUGUGGCCUUCAACCAACAGGGAUGACGUCAAAAGUUUAAUAUCUUCUAUUGGUGGAUUUAAAAAAUUCUAUGCUGAUUGCUUCCCCCUUAUCGUGAACAAGGAAGUGCCUGAAUGUCGAUGGAAUGAAUAUCUCGAGUAUCCUGAAGAAUUGACUGAAGCUGAAUAUUAUGGUGACAUGGAUGAAAUUGAAAUUGUUGCUCCAUCAGAUUUUGUCUCUAUAGUCGAUGUAAGAUACAAGGAUAAAACAAUAUGCUCGAAAGUCCUUUGGGGCAUUCCUAAUGCAAAUGGGUUCCCACAUUGGUUUUACAGCUGUCCAUUUCGAAUCGAUCUUUUCACGUACUCUACUAGAGAUGAUGAACAUGCAGGUGAAGUUACUCUAUCAGUUUCUGAUGGUUUGCCUCCAAUUACAUCUAUGGAGAAAGAGAGGAAAGAUGGUAAGCUCUGGCAAGAGCUCAGGGAUGGAAUACGCCUUAGUUGGAUUGUUGUGAAUACCAAAAUAAAACAAGCUGCUAAUCUCUCAAGCUGGAGUCCCCUUGGAGGCCAAAGACACUGGCCAACAGAUGAGGACUUCCUGCUUCGCUUCGGUUCAGUUCUCCCUGCCAAGGACAUUCUUCCUUGUCAAGCUGUGGAGUGUAUCGUCCUUAUGAAAUUCAGAGUGAUCUAUACAGAAGAGGGAGGUGUGCCGACAACUCUCAAACUGACAGAACUAAGCAUGCAAGUGGGCGACAUGGAAGGUGCACAUCUAAAUGGUAGAAACAGUUUGCUUGUCCUCAAGGAAGCGUUGAGCUGUAAACGGAGCAAGAAUUAUGACGAGGCGCUUGAAUCAUGUCAACUGUACUCGAAGGUGCAAAGUGAGCUACGGGAAGAAAAAAUGAGAAAUGAGAGCAGGUUAGAUAGACUUUAUAUAUUAGGAGGCAUUAUGGCAUGCAUCACGGUUUGUUUCUAUUUGUGGUGACAUGAGUUAUUAUCUUUUUGGGUCAUCUUGACAGUUCUCUCCACUCUGAUGUUGAUGUAAAUGCAAUUUUGACCAGCAAAUGACCUGCUGAUUUUACCAAACCUUUCUUGCUUUGUAAAUACUUGUUACCGUUUAUUUGGACCAUUUCUCGAUU